GUCGAGCGUCGCGUCAACGAGGCGCUCAUCGGCGUCGCGGUGACGGUGAUCGAUAAUCUUUACGGUGGACGCUCGUACGCGCGAUUUCACGCGCUGGAGACGGUGGCGAGAGUGCCGUAUUUUAGCUUUAUGUCCGUGCUUCACCUGUACGAGACGUUCGGGUGGUGGCGAAAGGCGGAUUAUCUCAAGGUGCACUUUGCGGAGACGAUGAACGAGUAUCAUCACUUGCUCAUCAUGGAAUCUCUGGGCGGGGCGGAGCUUUGGAAGGAUCGGUUCGUGGCGCAACACAUCGCGGUGGCGUAUUACUGGAUUUGCGUCGCGCAGUACUUGGUGUCGCCGAGAUGGGCGUACAACUUGCUCGAGCAGGUGGAAUCGCACGCGUACGCGACGUACGACGGAUUUUUAAACGCCAACGAGGAGGUGCUGAAGGCGACGCCGCCGCCGAGCGUGGCGGUGCAGUACUACACCAAGGGUGAUUUGUACUUGUUUGACGAAUUUCAAACCGUCGAUCGGGGCGAGAGACGACCGAAGAUUGACAAUCUGUACGACGUCUUCGUCAACGUACGAAACGACGAAGCCGAACACAUGAAGACGAUGGAAUUUUGCCAGCGUCCUGGCAACGGCUUACGCUCGCCGUCGAGCAAGGAGGCGAUGGUAUUGCUCAGUAAAGACGCUUGCGAGGUGGACGAGGACUUCCAAGUCGAUGAAGAUUGUGAGAAGGCGUCCAUCGCGGCG